AUGGCCGCCGCCGCCGCCCUAGCUCCCAUCGCCGCCGCCGCCGUGGCCGGCACCUCGGCUGCCGCCCUGUACCUCGACGCCAAGUUCCACCUGUCCAAGGACUUGAGCAACAAUCGAGCCGUCAGUCGCGAAGUCGCCGAGUUUCAGAGGAAAGCUCAGCCUACCCCCUCCGACACCCCCAGUCUCCUCCGCAUCCACAAGCCAAGCGCCCGGCGCGAGCAAGAACCCGGGCUAACGCCAGCGCCUCUUCGAUUCGCAGCCAGGACAAACCGCAACUCGCUCUGGUACAACUUCGAGGCGCAGGUGGAGCGGCUGCCCGCGUCGCAGCCCUGCCUGUGGUCGCGCGACGGCGGCACCCACACCUGGCGCGACGCCCACGCCCACGCCUGCCGCUACGCCGGCUUCCUGCUCGACGCCGGCGUGCAGCCCGGCACCCUCGUCGCCUUCUACCUGCAGAACAGCGCCGACUUCGUCUUCGCCGUGCUCGGCUCGUGGCAGGCCGGCUCCGCCCCCGCCCUCAUCAACUACAACCUCGGCGGCCAGGGGCUGCUGCACUGCCUGCGCGUCAGCGGCGCCAACGUCAUCUUGGUCGACGCGGAUGAAGGGUGCCGGCAGCGUAUCGAGGAGGUGCGGGCCGAGAUCGAGGGCGAGCUGGGCAUGAGGAUCGUGCAGGUGGAUGAGGAGACCAAGGCGGGCAUCGCGACGAGGGAGCCGAAGAGGUUGGAGGAUGCGGUGAGGGAGGGCGUCAAGCCGACGGAUCCCAUGUGCUUGAUGUACACGAGUGGAUCGACUGGCCUGCCCAAAGCAUGUCCGUUCCAUGUCGGCCGCGCGUGGGCCAUCACAAACACCCGUAUCGCAGCUUGUGGCCUCAAGACCGGUCCCAAUGGCGACAGAUGGUACAACUGUAUGCCGCUGUACCACGGCACUGGCUACACGGUAGCUGUGUCCUGCCUCACCACGGGCGUCACCCUCUGCAUCGGCAAGAAAUUCUCCACCUCGAACUUCUGGAAAGAUGUCAGAGACAGCGAUGCCACCGCUUUUGUCUACGUCGGUGAGACGGCGAGAUACCUCCUCGCUGCUCCUCCUUCCCCACUCGACAAGCAGCAUCGCGUCAAACUCAUGUUCGGCAACGGCCUGCGUCCCGAUGUGUGGAAGAAGUUUGGCGAGCGCUUCGGUGUUGAGACUGUCGCCGAGUUUUUCAAUAGCACAGAAGGCACUUUUGGUCUGAUGAACAUUUCCAGAGGAGAGUACACACAGGGCGCUGUUGGACACCACGGUGCCAUCACCCGAUGGCAGACACGCAAUGUUUACAUCCCUGUAGAGAUAGACCACGAGACGGGGGAUAUGUACAGAGAUCCCAAGACCGGUUUCGCGAAACGGAAAACCCUCGAAGAGGGCGGUGAGAUUCUCGUCCAGGUGGAAUCAGAAGCCGCCUUUGUCGGCUACUGGCGCAACCCGGAAGCAACGAGCAAGAAGUUCGCCCGCGACGUCUUCCGCAAAGGCGACCUCUUCUACCGCACGGGCGACGCCCUCCGCCGCACGUCCGACGGCCGCUGGUACUUCAUGGACCGCCUCGGCGACACGUUCCGCUGGAAGUCCGAAAACGUCUCCACGGCCGAGGUCGCCGAAGCCCUCGGCCGCUACCCGGGCGUCCUCGAAGCCAUCGUCUACGGCGUCGACGUGCCCGGCCACGACGGCCGCGCCGGCUGCGCCGCCCUCCACCUCCCGCCCGACGCGCGGUCGUCGCCGGCUUUCCGCGUGGAGCUCUUGGCGUUUGCGAGGAAGUCGCUGCCCAAGUAUGCCGUGCCCGUGUUUCUGCGCGUCACGGCGAAUAUGCAGCCGAUGCAUAACAACAAGCAGAAUAAGACGCCGCUGAAAAACGAGGGCAUUGAUGUCAGAAAGAUUGCCGAGGGGGAGAUGAGUGGAGAUAAGAUCCUUUGGCUGCCGGAGGCGUUGAAUAUCAAGGACAGAGGGAAUGGGUAUGUCGAGUUCACCGAGGCGGAUCUGGAGGGGCUCAAAAAGGUGGCUGCCUCGCAUGACGCUGGUCACCAGGAGACGGCACGGUUGUAG